GCCCCCUCCUUUACCUAAGAGUGACUCUUUUGAGCCACAUAGGCCUCACACACCCUUCAUCCUCCUGAGUGUGAAACUUCACACCAGCGUAGUCCAACAGCCAACUGCGCUUGCGCGAUGAAGCGAAACUCUGGGUCGUUUUUGGCGCCAACAGAAAAGCUGGGUGGGGAGGCUACGUUGCACCUGGGACUUAUUUCACACACGGGAAGCCUGAGCGCAGGGAUCCGGGUGGAUGGCUGAGCGUUGCUUCCGGCGCUUGGGAUUACCAGCUGCAUCCGCGGAGGGCACCACCCGUCCUGUUGGCCGUCAGGGCUCACCAAUUCACUUAAGGAAAGACAGUGGGCUUGCUGACUGUGGCAGACGAGAGUGGCGGCAAGUGCCAGGGGCAGAGAACAUUGAGCAUUUGAAGCUUCGACUCCAGGCUGGGCCACCGACUUCGCUUCUCUUCACAGAGCCCUCAGAGCCCCUCCCCGAGGAGCCCAAACCUGUGGAGAUGCCCUUCCACCACUGCCACAGGGACGCCCUGCCGCAGCAGGGCCUCACCCCCGAGAGGCUGCAGGCGCGGAGGCAGCUGUACGCUGCCUGUGCUGUGUGCUUCGUCUUCAUGGCUGGGGAGGUGGUGGGCGGGUAUUUGGCGCACAGCCUGGCCAUUAUGACCGAUGCGGCCCACUUGCUGGCGGACGUGGGCAGCAUGAUGGGUAGCCUCUUCUCCCUUUGGCUCUCCACACGUCCAGCCACCCGCACCAUGACCUUUGGCUGGCACCGCUCAGAGACUCUAGGGGCUCUGGCCUCCGUGGUCUCCCUCUGGAUGGUCACUGGCAUCCUCCUGUACCUGGCCUUCAUCCGACUGCUGCACAGCGACUACCACAUCGAGGGGGGUGCCAUGCUGCUGACCGCCAGCAUCGCAGUCUGUGCCAAUCUGCUAAUGGCCUUUGUGCUGCACCAGGCUGGGCCCCCCCACAGCCACGGGUCUAGGGGGUCAGAGUAUGCACCGCUAGAGGAGGGGCCUGGGGAGCCCUUGCCCUUGGGGAACACCAGCGUCCGGGCAGCCUUUGUGCACGUCCUGGGCGACCUCCUGCAGAGCCUUGGGGUGUUGGCUGCCUCCAUCCUCAUCUACUUCAAGCCUCAGUACAAGGCGGCUGACCCCAUCAGCACCUUCCUCUUCUCCAUCUGUGCCCUUGGAUCCACGGCGCCCACCCUCCGUGAUGUUCUUCGAAUCCUCAUGGAAGGUACCCCCCGCAAUGUGGGGUUUGAACCUGUGCGGGAUACAUUGUUGUCAGUGCCAGGAGUCCGGGCAACCCACGAGCUGCACCUGUGGGCCCUCACGCUCACCUACCACGUUGCCUCUGCACACCUGGCCAUUGACUCCACUGCUGACCCUGAAGCCGUCCUGGCUGAAGCCUCAUCGCGGCUCUACUCCCGGUUUGGAUUCUCCAGCUGUACCCUGCAGGUCGAGCAGUACCAGCCGGAGAUGGCCCAGUGCCUGCGCUGCCGGGAGCCCCCCCAAGCCUGAGCCACAGCCCCGUCCUCAUCCCACUGCUGAGCCCAAGCUCAGCCCUGGACUCUCAGCACCUUCUACCCUGAUCAUGGAGAAGGGACCAAACUGGGCCCAUACCCCUACCUCCCCCAAUCCUUCCACUUGCCAAACUCCCCAGCCCCAGCCCCAGCCCCAGUGGGCAAGACCAAAGUCGGGGGGCGGGGGGGGGCAGUGUGGUGGGAGUCAGAUGAACAGACGUGACCAAUUCAGGGGCAGGGACUCCCCCGCCUCAGUUCAGUGGCAGGGGCUGUGAAAGGCCUGUGGUCCCUGCUCCCCACCGUCUGGGGAGCCAUGAGCCCCUUUCCGUGCAGUCCAUUUGUCUGUGUGGCUGGCUGGCUGGGGCAUCUGCCUGUCUGUGUGCUGUUGUUGUGCCUAUGCCUGGGGGAGGUCAGCAGGGGCCCCCUCCCCAUGUGGCCCUCGCUCUGUCUAUGCAGGGGCCCCAAUGCCUGCACUUUGUCCAUGCGUCCUAGUCCUGUGGUGUUGUCUCUCUGUGUGUGUUCUUGGUGCUGUGGCCUGUGUGUCUCUGUGCCUGUGUGGCUGUGCUGUGGUCCAUCUGAGUCUGCUCCAUCCACGUGUCAGUUUGGGGGUCUGUCUGUCCAUCCCUCUGUUGGUGCUGUUCCCUCGGCUAUCCCAGAGAGAGGGAGGACUUCUCUGCAGCUCCACCAAUAAACUUGUGUCUCACUGCAUCUUU